CAGUCAAAGCACCCUUUAAAAUUAUGGACAGUCCUGAGGCACCCUUUAAAAUUAUGGACAGUCCCGAGGCACCCUUUAAAAUAAUGGACAGUUUUGAGGCACCCUAUUCUAAAAUGUGAAAAACAAUUCUAAUAGUUUUGUAUAACUCAGCAACAUCCACACAUGUAGGAUGCCCAACGGUGUCAGGAAUGGACUUGCCAAUAAUGGUGGGACUCACUUGCCUUGUGGGCUGCAGUACCAGGGCUGGCCAGCGGGUGCUCUCAGCAAUCAGAGACUCAACCCUGCAGUCAGCCAAACACCUGAAGCUGAUUACGGAGCUGUAUUUAAGGGA